UGAAUAUUUCUCUCUUCCUUGUCCUCUUCCUCUCUUUGCCGUUAUACUCCAGAGUUGUCGCUGAUCCCAUCAUGUCAUCCCAUUAUUCGUCCCAACAUCACCCGAGCCAUAUCGGUGAGUGCGAUGCCCUGCUUCAGUUCAGCAACUCAUUCAUCAUAGCAAGGGAUGCCUCUAUGAGCCAUUGUGGCACUUCGAAUUCAUAUCCGAAGACGGCCUCGUGGAAGAAGAACGGAACUAACUGCUGCUCAUGGGAUGGUGUCACAUGCCACAUGGCAACAAAUUACGUGAUUGGCCUCGACCUCAGUUGCAGUUGGCUCCGAGGAGCCCUCGACUCUAACAGCACCCUCUUCUCGCUCCCCAAUCUUCAGGGGCUCAACCUAGCUGGUAAUGAUUUCCUGGGCUCAGAAAUUUCACCCAGGUUCGGUACUUUUAGUGGAAUGGAGCAUCUCAGUCUCUCUUCUUCUAGAUUCUCAGGGCCUGUUCCUGUAGAAAUCUCUCACCUUUCCAAACUAAAUGCACUCGAUCUUUCUGGCUCUGUCUACCCCUAUAAAAGUAAUCUAACAAUAGAAGAUGAUCAUAGCUUCAAAAGGCUUACCAGUAAUCUCACUCAGCUGAGGGUACUUGCUCUUGAUGGUGUCGACAUGUCUAGAAUUUCUCCUACUUCCUUAACAAACCUCUCUUCCACUCUGACUUCUUUGAGUCUUCGUGCCUGCAAUCUGCAAGGCAUAUUCCCAAUUGACAUCUUCCAUCUCCCAAACCUUCGCAAUCUCUCUCUUUCUAAUAAUAAUUAUCUCAUGGGAACUCUUCCCCAGACGAACUGGACGGGUCAGCUCAUCUCCUUGGAGGUAUCAUCGACAAAGUUCCACGGGUCGAUUCCAGCUUUGUUGGGGAACCUGACCUCCUUGAACUUUUUGAGCCUGUCUUUAAGUGAAUUUACCGGUCCCAUCCCACCGACACUUGGAAACCUUGACCGCCUCACCCACUUGGACCUCGGUGGUAUCAACCAUAGCGGUACCGUGGACUUCGAAAUGUUUGAACCCCUCAAAAAUCUCCAGCUCCUUUGGCUUUCGCGGAACCUCAGCGUAUUGUUGCAAAACAAAGGCAACUGUUCCUUCCCGAGUCUCAAAGUGUUGGCACUGACUGGUUGCAACUUGACUGAGUUCCCAUAUUUCUUGAGCUCUUCCAAAAAUUUGGUAGUAUUGUACCUCUUUGAGAAUAUGAUCAGAGGACGGAUUCCUGAAUGGUUCUGGAGAGUAAGAUGGGACGCGUUGACAGAGUUGGAUCUCUCAUCAAAUAAUCUCAGUGGAGAGAUCCAGUCAUCAAUCUGUCAAGUAAGUUCACUAAGGUUUCUACAGCUCUCGAAUAACAGAUUUGACGGCACCAUUCCAGCAUGUUUGGGAAAUUUAAGCAGCCUCUUUCAGUUGGCCUUGGGCAACAAUCUAUUACAAGGUCCACUGCCGCAAUCUUUAGCAAAUUGUACGUUCUUGCUUGACCUAAAUGUUAGCUUCAACAGAAUGUAUGACACUUUCCCACACUGGUUAACUACUACCAUGUACAGCUUGAAUUAUCUAGAUUUGCAGUCGAACAAGUUCCACGGAGUCAUUGAAAUUCCCCUUCCGCAGCUUUCAUACUUAAGCCUCUCCGACAAUGAUUUUGAAGGACCACUUCCGACUCCACCACCCACCAUCAAUUACUACUUCACUUCAAACAAUAAUUUUAGUGGAGACAUUCCUCAUCAGCUAUGCAAUGCCACUGGACUGGAGAUCAUCAACCUGUCGAAUAAUAGCUUGACCGGCUCCAUUCCUCACUGUUUCAUCAAUCUCACUGCCUCUCUGUCAGUAUUGGAUCUCCGAGCAAAUCAGCUUGUUGGUCAGAUACCAGAGAUAUUUGUUCCGGGAAACAACUUGACAACAAUCCAUUUAAGUCAAAAUCAACUCGGAGGUACAUUGAUGCGAUCUUUGGCACAUUGCACGAACUUGGAGGUUUUGGAUCUGAGCGAAAAUGAGUUGAAGGGCCCCUUCCCUUAUUGGUUGGAAACUCUUCCGAAUUUGCAAGUACUUGUUCUUAGAUCCAACAAGUUUCAUGGUGCAGUGGAUAAUGCAAAGGGAAUCAGUCCUCCCUUCCCAAACUUACGCAUUUUAGACCUCUCUGGCAAUAGCUUUUCCGGUCAACUGCCUGCUGAAUACAUUGCCAAACUUAAAGCCAUGAAGAAUGAUGAGAUAAGCGGUUCACAAUAUAUGGAGAAGAAACAUGGAUACUAUCAAGAUUCCAUUGCGGUGGUCAUGAAAGGGUUCGAGAUUGAGCUGGUGAAAAUUCUAAAUGUGUUUACGACCAUCGACUUCUCAAGGAACUUCUUCGAAGGAGAGAUCCCUGAAAUAAUCGGAGAUCUGAAGGCACUCAAGGGACUCAACUUUUCUCACAACAAUCUGACCAACAACAUCCCUUCCUCCGUAGGCAGUCUAACUAAUCUUGAAUGGUUGGACCUCUCCUCGAACAAACUCAACGGGGAGAUCCCUAGAGAUUUGGCAGAUCUUUCGUCACUGUCGUACUUGAAUCUCUCGAAUAACCAGCUCGUGGGACAGAUUCCUCGAAGCACACAAUUUGACACCUUCGACCACUCCUUUGACGGGAAUCCCAACCUGUGCGGGCAUCCCCUGCCGAAAGCAUGCGGGACUGACACACAGCAGUCACCGCCUUUAACUCCCCCAGGAAAAGGAGAUGAGGAGGCUAAAUCGGGACGUUGGAUUGAAUGGAGGGCAGUGCCAAUGGGCUACGGAUGCGGACUUGCACUCGGGAUAUCAGCGUGGUACAUUAUGCAGGAAACCAUGAGACCAAGGUGGUUGGCAAGAAUGGUUGAGAGGAAAAUAUACAGAAUGACAAACAGAAAAAAGAAAAAGCAAAAAGCGGCUCCUAGAAGUCAUGCGGUACUUAUUUCAUGACAGAUCAAUCAUUAACAUACACGGUUUAAUGACAGAUUUUGCAAUAACUUAGUUUUCUCCAUAUGCAAAAUUGUGAAAUAUUCAGGAGGAGCACCAGAGGCCAAUGAGAAGGGGGACGAAGCAAAAGAUGGUACAUGGAGUCUUUGAUUUUAAUUUUUUUUUUGUUUGAAGUGAACUGGCAAUAAUAAUGUGUGCUCUCAGCCGAGUCUUAAUCAUAAUAUGGAAUAUUCCUUUUGCCUCCAUAAUAUAUAUUGAA